CGCGCGCACACACAACACUGCUCUCCAGAUUCUAACAUGGAUGCUCGCCUCUCUCUCUUCCUCAUCUUCCUCCUCCCCUACCUCUGCUACGCCGGCGUUACGUUCGGCGACGAAUCUGACGACUUCUUGAUUCGCCAGGUCGUAUCGGACGGCGAGGAUCACCUCCUCAACGCCGAGCACCACUUCUCCCUCUUCAAGGCCAAGUACGGCAAAACCUACGCCACUCGGGAGGAGCACGAUUACAGGUUCUCGGUCUUCAAGGCUAACCUGCGACGGGCCAAGCGCCACCAGGUUCUCGAUCCGUCCGCCGUCCACGGCGUCACCAAGUUCUCCGACCUUACUCCGGCGGAGUUCCGUCGGAACUACCUCGGACUCAAGCGCCGCCUCAAGCUCCCCGCCGACGCUCACGAGGCUCCCUUGCUCCCUACCAACGAUCUUCCGACCGAUUUCGAUUGGCGCGAUCGCGGUGCCGUAACGGGCGUGAAAGAUCAAGGUUCUUGUGGAUCGUGCUGGUCUUUUAGCGCAACUGGAGCUUUGGAAGGAGCUCAUUUUCUUGCUACUGGGGAGCUUGUGAGCCUCAGUGAACAACAGCUUGUGGAUUGCGACCACGAGUGUGAUCCAGAGGAGUAUGGUUCAUGCGAUGCAGGGUGCAAUGGUGGGCUGAUGACGAGUGCCUACGAGUACACCUUGAAGGCCGGCGGACUUGAAAGAGAGGAAGAUUACCCUUAUACAGGGAGAGAUGGUGGCACUUGCAAAUUUGACAAGAGCAAGAUUGCCGCAUCAGUUGCUAAUUUCAGUGUCAUAUCUGUUGACGAAGAUCAAGUAGCAGCAAAUCUCGUCAAGAACGGACCACUUUCAAUUGGAAUCAAUGCGGUUUAUAUGCAAACCUACAUAGGGGGAGUGUCCUGCCCUUACAUAUGCGCAAAACAUUUGGACCAUGGAGUUCUUCUGGUCGGGUAUGGCUCUGCUGGCUACGCCCCGAUCCGGUUCAAGGAGAAGCCUUUCUGGAUCGUAAAGAACUCGUGGGGAGAAAGCUGGGGAGAGAACGGGUAUUACCGUCUCUGCAAAGGCCCUAGGUCACACAACGUUUGCGGGGUGGAUUCUAUGGUCUCAUCUGUGGUUGCCGUCUCUAAAUAGGUGCAUUGUUAGUUAGUUGGCAGUUGUAUUCUGCAGGUCCGUCCUGGUUUAGACCCGGCGUACGUUUACUGUAUAAGUUGGUGUUAUCUUGAAUUUGGCACUUAUCUGGUUGUUAUAUAUAUAUGUACUCUGCUUAUUCUCGUGUAA